AUGGGUAGCUUUGUUUUCAGAUGGCCGCAUCCUGAUGCGAACGAUGUCCAUGUCACAGGCACCUUUGACGACUGGGGAAAGACGGAAAAGUUGGACAAGGUUGGCGAGAUUUGGGAGAAAGAGGUACAAUUGCCCAAAGCCGACCAAAAGAUUUUGUACAAGUUUGUGGUCAACGACAACUGGGUCAUCGACACCGAAGCACCCCACGAGGAUGACGGCCAUGGCAACGUGAACAAUGUUCUACUGCCGGAAAACAUCAAGACGACAGCCGAGGCUGUGACUACUUCGAGCGCUGCGCCAGAAAGCACCACGGCAGCAUUGGCCGGUGCAGUUCCCUUGGAACCAAGGAAAGAAGCCACCGAAGUCACUCCGGCCAGCGAAUCUGCCCCGAAUGACGAAGGUGCAAAGAGCAAUCCGCCAGGUGCAUUCCCCGAAACACCCCAGCAGGAGCCGGAGGCCUUUGGUGUUAGCCCACUUCCCCCAACCUCUGGAGCAGGGAACCCUGUGACUCUCCCUGGCGGCGAAGCAGUCCCUCCGACAGGAGAGGUCACUUCCAACAGCAUCCACUCCGCCGUCACUCAGUCACAGGAAGAUUAUGAGAAGGCGGGGACUACACUUCCGAUUAUUGGAGGAGCUCUACCUGGUGUUGGCGCUGUCGCCGCUGCCACAGCGUCUUCGGAGAAGAAAGAGAACCUCAUUCCCGAAUCGUCGCUGCCCAUGGGCGAAGGUGCGACUUCAGCGCUUGAUGCUACUGGUCCCACAAUCGCAUCCGCUGCCCCAACGUCGACGACAGCCGCUCUGGCUGGACAGGUACCUCUGGAAGAACCCAAGCCGGUCACCGUAGUUCCAGAGCAGGCGACAACGGAGACUGUCCCAGAAGUUGUAAAGGAAUCCAUCGAACAGGCGCACGCUUCCCCUGAAGCCGCGACUUCUGCUGAGGCUGUGAAGGAAAAGGCAGAGGUGGAGCAAGAGCUGAUUAAGAAGGUGCCGGAGGCUGAGGAAGCUGGGGAACCCGCGCCAACAAUCGCAGCAGCCACUUCGGAGACUGCUCCAACAUCAACGACAGGCGCAGCAGCUGCAGUCUCGGAUGGCGCUGAGGAUCCUACUCUUGCCGAUGAGCCUGCUGUUCGUAUGAUGCACCAGAACGAAGCCGAGCCUACAGGUGCUACCGAGGCCGCAAAGACCGAGGCGACGCCAGCGGCGGAAGCUCCUAAGGAGAGCGCGAAGACAGAAACACCGGCAGUGCCAGCAGAAGCUCCUGAACCGAAGAAGGAGACGGCAGCAGCAACUCCCUCAUCUGGCACUAGCACUCCCAAGAAGGUUGCUACAACUACUCCUGCCGAAAGCCCUGCAUCAGCCUCAAAGGACAAAAAGAAGAAGCACCGGAUCAGUUCUUUGUUCAAGAAGAUCUUCGACUAA